GGAGGCCCCUCCUUUCCUAGGCUGGAAACCCCGUGCAGACCAAGCUGGGCUCUCUUUCCGGCAUCCGCCAUUCAGCGAGCAGGUUGGUGGUGCUAGUCACACCAUGCAGAUCUUCGUGAAGACCCUGACCGGGAAAACCAUCACCCUCGAGGUUGAGCCUUCUGAUACUAUAGAAAAUGUGAAGGCCAAGAUCCAGGAUAAGGAAGGAAUUCCUCCUGAUCAACAACGACUUAUUUUUGCUGGCAAGCAGUUGGAAGAUGGACGCACGCUGUCUGACUACAAUAUUCAAAAGGAAUCGACUCUUCACCUUGUGCUGAGACUUCGUGGUGGUGCUAAGAAGAGAAAGAAGAAAUCUUACACUACCCCCAAGAAGAACAAGCAUAAGAGAAAGAAGGUUAAGCUUGCUGUCCUUAAAUAUUACAAGGUGGAUGAGAAUGGUAAAAUCAGUCGCCUGCGCCGAGAGUGCCCCUCUGAGGAAUGUGGGGCUGGAGUUUUUAUGGCCAGUCACUUUGACAGACAUUACUGUGGCAAGUGCUGCCUGACAUACUGCUUCAACAAACCAGAAGACAAGUAAAUGUAUCUGUGUUAAUAAAAAAAACCCUCAGA